AUGGUUUACUACUUCACAUCCAACGUCGUGUCACCCUCGGCCUUCAUUUACGUCGGCAAGGACAAGUUUGAGAAUGAGGAUCUCAUUCAGUUUGGACUAGAUAACGAUGUUUGUUUGACUUGGCCACUAACCUUCCUGCGCAACAGGUCCGCGCUCCCGCAGUUUCACGUCGACAAUUUAUCGAGCGCACACGUUUACGUACGUCUCCGUGAGGGUGAAACGUGGGACAACAUUGCCCAGCCACUGCUGGAGGACUGCGCCCAACUGACAAAAGCCAACUCCAUUGAAGGCAACAAGAAAGACAAUAUCACCAUUAUCUACACACCCUGGUCAAACCUGAAGAAGGAUGGAUCUAUGGCUGCCGGCCAAGUCACAUUCCAUAACCACAAGCUCGUCCGCAAGAUCUACGUGAAGCAGCGCGAGAACCCUAUUGUCAAUCGACUUAACAAGACCCGGGUCGAGAAGUACCCCGACCUUCGUGCCGAGAAGGAGGAGGACACCCGCAAGAAGGCGCGUGGAGAUCGCAAGACCCGGGAGGAGCAGCGCGCGAAAGAAAAGAAGAAGCAGCAGGAAUAUGAACAAUUGAAGUGGCAGAAGGAUCAUGCGUAUGAUGAUAUGUUCACCGAUGAGCAGCUAGAGGCCAGCAACAACCAAGAUCGUGACGAGGACUUCUUGGACGACUUCAUGUGA